GUGUUGUGUAGGCGUCUAGCGAGGUUCAAGUUGUUGACAUUGGUCCGAGUGGCGCCAAGACAAGAAGUUUUGGACAGCGGCAAGGUCACAGCAGCAGUAUGGCCAAGGCACGCAUCCAAGAGGCCCGACUGAAGGAGAUCGGCAACGACACCGCCUUCCAGCAGGACACUGAUGACCAAAGUGUUGAGUUAUGGGAACUCAUGAAGGAGAAGGAGAAGCUACAGGCGGAGAUAGAGGCCACCAGUAUGGAGAUCGACGGAUGGGUUCAGGUCCUCAACUGCUCCACUGCCCACGAACUCGACUCCCUCAUUGACUCCUUCUCUGCCGACCCCACCCUCCUGCCGGACUCCUUCACCGUCCACCAGCCCUCAGAAACCACCAACCACCUGCAGGACUACUUCAAAACUAUCACUCGCCUUAAUGCGCAUCGAAUCCUGGACGUCGCCCAGGCCAGCAGCACGGAGGACGGGAACCUCUUCAUUAAGUUUCCCAGCAAGUUGUUCAAAAGACCUGACCAUGAGUGCCUUCUGCUGCUCAAACCGGGGGAAGACCUCACCUACAGUGUGGUGACUCACAGCCUGCCGCCGUCAGUGCCUCUAGACAGCCUGGAGAAGGAGUACCUGAAGAAGCCACAGGGACCAGAUGGCCUGCGGACGUUCAUAGCAGUGGUGGCGCAGUACACAAGGCCAUACUACUCACGCCUGCUCCAGAUUAUGUCAGCUGAGAAUCUGAGUGUGCUGCAGGGAACCGUCAGACACAACAAGGCUGCCACCACACUCAGCUUCAUUUUGGACCUCAAGCUGAAGGAGCACCCAUCGCUGGUUGCUGAGUUUGUGUUGAAGUUUGACCCGCUGGAUGUUCUCCCCCACACUGUCACUGCCACGCCCUUCUCCCUAAAGCAGGAGCAGAUACCCCAAAGGCUGCAAGAGACCCUGGAUGAAGCAGCAGAGAGGAUGAAGACCAAAACCUUCCCCCAGGAGUUGCUGGAGGCUGUCAGGGGGUCAAGGGUUCUGUGUCACCCUCUCCGGGGAACCUUGGGGACACAGAGGACCCUUCGUCACCCCUCUCCUCCCUGGAUGAUCUGUCAGGGCCUCUCUUUGAUUUAGGGGAGUGAGGAUGGGGUGAAGUUUGGAGUGUUGGGGUGUGGUGGUGUGUUUUGGGUGAGUUGAGGUGUGUGUGUGUGUGUUUUUUGGAGUGUUUUGAGUGUGUAAAGAUGUGUGUGUGUGUUUUGGGGUGCUUUUGGGGUGUUUUUUGAGUGUUUUGGGUGGUUUGGGAUGAGAUUCAGGUGUAUGUGUGUGUGUGUGUGUGUGUUUCAGUGUUUGAUCUGGUGCAGUCUC